AUGUCCUCGGGCUUUCAGAUCGGCCAGCAUUGUCAGGUGAGAGACCAGUUGGGCGUUGUACGGUUCUAUGGAAAAACCCAAUUUGCAGAUGGUGAUUGGGUUGGUGUUGAAUUGGAUUCCUCACAGGGAAGGAACGAUGGCUCAGUUAAUGACAUUCGAUACUUUACUUGUUCAAAGGAAGGUCAGUAUGGUAUCUUUGUCAGGCCACAGCUAGUACAGGCUGAUAAUCUGGCUAAUAACAAACCAGCUGGGAAUGUGGAGCUCAUCAUUGAGCGGUUGCAACAGAAGCUAAGAAAGACUCUAGAAGACAUUGAGGAAAAGAAGCACAACAUCAUUCAAUUGGAAGAAAGCUUAAACUCCAAAGAUUUGAAAAUUGAACAUCUCGAAUCCGUCAUUGAGAAUUCAGCCGUUGACACUGAGUACAUUCACGAACACAAUUCAUCACUUGAACGUGCACUUGAGGAAACUAGGAGCAAAUACGACGAACUCAAACGUGAGUAUGAUUUGGUGUGUGAAGAAUUGAACAUAAACAAACAGUUGGAAGAAGAGGUUUUGGCGCUGGCGCCCUCUCAAUUGGAUUCCAACGAAGUUGCAAGUCUUCUAAAGCAAAAUAAGAAGCUCAAUGAUGCUUUUGAGCAUCUAAGUACAAGCCACGCUGAAACGAAACGUAUGCUUGCCGAAAAGGAAGACGCCCUGUCGGUUGUUAGUGAUGAGCUUCAGCAUCUCAAGGCCACUCAUCGCGCUACCAUAGAAACACUUGAGAAAUCUGAGGAAACUAUUAGAGAUCUUCAUCUCCGUCUUGAAUCCAUACUGUCUCUGGAUGACUUGAUUGAGCAUCUCAGCUCGCAGAAUGAGACCUUGCAAGAAAAGGUGAAUGAGCUAACCGUCACCAUCGAGGAACUCAAGGAGAUACGUGAAUUGGACCUGGACUUGAUCCAGGAAAGCAAGGAGGUAGAGACAAAUUUGAGGAAUGAAAUCACUGGGCUUGCUGGUUCCUUGAAGUCCUAUGAAAAAAUGGUUGCCGAAUUGACGGAAAACAACACGAAACUAAAGAUACAACUUAAUAAGCAUGUUGCACUGACAGCAGGGGAUAAGGAGGGCAUUAUAGAGGUAUCUCGGCUUCACACCGGCGAUGAAGCUGGCUACUUGGGGUCUUUGCUCGAGUUCGCGAGAAGCUCUCGAGCUAGCAUUAUUGACACUGUCGUGCCGACUUCCUUGAAACCCCAAAUCAAGGUCUUAACGGACAUACACGACUUGAGAGCUGAAAUACUUGCGGUUAUUAAGGUUCUCGAGGAUGGACCUUUCCAAGCAUCUAAAAUCAUAUUAGAAUUGUCAAAAUCACUGGGAACUGUUGUAUUUCUUGAAUCGAUACUCAUGCAUAAUUUGCUUUCUGAGGACACUCUACUCCAGCUUAAGUCUGGAGCGGAAAAUGGAAAAAAAGAGGUUGCUUUCAUAAGAUCCAAGUUCUUGGAGUCUGAUAUUGCCUGUAUCGACGAAUCGUGUGUUCUUAGCUGUAUCAGCAGCUCUUUAAUUCCCGAGGAACCACUCAACAUGAAGUACAGAUCUUGUUUUACACAUUUUCUAAUGCAAGCUGACGCUGAAAUGGGCAAUGCAAUUCGUCUUAUCAGAUUCCUCGAACAGGAAGCGCUAGGUAAGCUACCCAAAGAGCUAGCUGAUAUUUAUCAACUCAUGAAAUCUUGCAGGACAAGUUUAGCAAGGCUACGGAGCAAUCUCGAGGAAAAUUCUAAAAAAGAACUCAUGAAGUAUAAGCCUUUUGACCCGGAACGUACUUUGUUCAUAGGGGACAAGUUGUGGAGUAUCAGCAAAAAGGUGCUAGAGGUACAUGAAGCUGCGAUGGACGACAAACAAGAGCACUUACAGGCAUUGCUUGCUGAUCUAUUUAGUUCUUCUCAUGACGACUUCAUCAAGGCUCGAAGCGCCGUCAAAAGUCUUCAGGUAAAUCUAGAAGACACUGAUUUAUCUUUCGAGGCAGAGGCUUCAGAGGAUAUUCUAAGAGCAUCAGUCAAUUUGAACGAGCCAAGUAUGAGGCCUGCUCUAGAUGACCAACCUUCGCCCUCCGAUACUUCAAGUGAUAGGAGGAUCCGUGAAUUGGAACUCAACAUUAGUAUGCUAGAGCAAAACUUGUCUUCAACAAGUCUUAAGUACGCUGAAGAUAAAGUGAUGACAAAGAAGCUUGUUGCUAAAUUAAAGGAGGAUUAUGAGAAUCUCGAGCAACGAUAUAGAGCCUUGGUCGAGGAAAACCGCUCUCUUGAGAAACAGGCCCAUGAAUACCUAGCUCUUGAAACACUUAGCUUGGCGGGUCAACAGACCAAAGUGUUUGAAGAUUUGGCUUCUGAAAAGAAGUAUACAGAAGAAGCAGCACUACUUGAAGAGAUCUCUUUCUUGAGAACGAUGAUUAAAACAGGUACGAAUUUAACUUCUGCAACCCAUGAUGAUGAUCUAUCUUGGUUGCAAAAGGCUCUCGCAACAGACGAGCAUAUGCUAUGA